AUGGAUGAGAGCUUCCGAGACCGGACGGCGUUCAUCCGGGGCGCCAAGGACAUCGCCAAGGAGGUGAAGAAACACGCGGCCAAGAAGGUGAGCAAGGGCAUGGACCGCAUGCAGGACGAGUACACCAAGCGCUCCUACUCCCGCUUCGAGGAAGAGGAGGACGAUGAAGACUACGCGCCCCAGGACGGCUACUACCGGGGGGGCGAGGGGGCCAACGAAGAGGAGGGGGCUUCCAGCGAUGCCACCGAGGGUCACGACGAGGAGGAUGAGAUCUACGAGGGCGAAUACCAGGGCAUCCCCCGGCACGACUCGCUGAAAACCGGGGAGCGGCUGGGGGCCGAGGCGGCCGUCGGCGCCUUCGACGACAGCGAGGGACAGCGGCGGAAGGACAAGGAGGAGCUGGCGCAGCAGUACGAGCUCAUCCUGCAGGAGUGUGGCCACGGCCGCUUCCAGUGGACCCUCUACUUCGUCCUGGGACUGGCCCUCAUGGCCGACGGCGUGGAGGUCUUCGUGGUGGGCUUCGUCCUGCCCAGCGCCGAGAAGGACAUGUGCCUCUCCGACUCCAACAAGGGCAUGCUGGGGCUCAUCGUGUACCUGGGCAUGAUGGUGGGCGCCUUCCUGUGGGGCGGGCUGGCCGACCGCCUGGGCCGAAGGCAGUGCCUCCUCAUCUCCCUCUCCGUCAACAGCGUCUUCGCCUUCUUCUCCUCCUUCGUCCAAGGCUACGGCACCUUCCUCUUCUGCCGCCUCCUCUCGGGCGUGGGCAUCGGCGGCUCCAUCCCCAUCGUCUUCUCCUACUUCUCGGAGUUCCUGGCGCAGGAGAAACGUGGGGAGCACCUGAGCUGGCUCUGCAUGUUCUGGAUGAUCGGGGGCAUCUACGCCUCCGCCAUGGCUUGGGCCAUCAUCCCCCACUACGGCUGGAGCUUCCAGAUGGGCUCGGCGUACCAGUUCCACAGCUGGAGGGUCUUCGUCCUGGUCUGCGCCUUCCCCUCAGUCUUCGCCAUCGGGGCGCUCACCACCAUGCCCGAGAGCCCCCGCUUCUUCCUGGAGAACGGCAAGCACGACGAGGCCUGGAUGGUGCUGAAGCAGGUCCACGACACCAACAUGAGGGCCAAGGGCCACCCUGAGAGGGUCUUCUCGGUCACCCACAUCAAGACCAUCAAGCGGGAGGACGAACUCAUCGAGAUCCAGUCGGACACCGGCACGUGGUACCGGCGCUGGCUCGUCCGAUUCCUCAACCUCUCGCAGGUCUGGAGCAACUUCCAGCAGUGCUUCGCGCCCGAGUACCGCCGCGUCACGCUGAUGAUGAUGGCCGUGUGGUUCACCAUGUCCUUCAGCUACUACGGGCUGACGGUCUGGUUCCCGGACAUGAUAAAGCACCUGCAGAACAUCGAGUACGCCUCGCGCACCAAGCUCUUCACCCGCGAGAAGGUCCGGCACUUCACCUUCAACUUCACCCUGGAGAACCAGAUCCACCAGGGCGGGGAGUACUUCAACGACAAGUUCAUCGGCCUGAAGAUGAAGUCGGUGACGUUCGAGGACUCGCUCUUCGAGGAGUGCUACUUCGAGGACAUCACCUCCAGCAACACCUUCUUCAAGAACUGCACCUUCAUCUCCACCGUCUUCUACAACACAGAUCUCUUUGAGUACAAGUUCAUCAACAGCCGGGUGGUGAACAGCACCUUCCUGCACAACAAGGAGGGCUGCCAGCUGGACUUCAGCGACGACAACAACGCCUACAUGAUCUACUUCGUCAGCUUCUUGGGCACCUUGGCCGUCCUCCCCGGGAACAUCGUCUCGGCCCUCCUCAUGGACAAGAUCGGCCGCCUCCGCAUGCUGGCCGGCUCCAGCGUGAUGUCCUGCGUCAGCUGCUUCUUCCUCUCCUUCGGCAACAGCGAGUCGGCCAUGAUCGCGCUGCUCUGCCUCUUCGGCGGCGUCAGCAUCGCCUCCUGGAACGCCCUCGACGUGCUCACCGUGGAGCUCUACCCCUCCGACAAGAGGACGACGGCCUUCGGCUUCCUCAACGCCCUCUGCAAGCUGGCGGCCGUGCUGGGCAUCAGCAUCUUCACCUCCUUCGUGGGCAUCACCAAGGCGGUGCCCAUCCUCCUGGCCUCCGCCGCCCUGGCCCUCGGCAGCUCCCUCGCCCUGAAACUGCCGGAGACGCGGGGGCAAGUCUUGCAGUGA